UUCGCUAACCCCAUUCGAUGGAAGCGCUAUGAAAGCACGAUACGAUGCUGGUCAAACAUUCUCGACCAAUGGCGUUUUCGCUCAAGGCAACCUAAGAUCGCCGUGCUACCGAUAGUCACGAUAAUAUUUCAAAUAGUUCGUGCCCUGUAUUUACGAAUUUACGCCAUUAUGGACUCGUUAGCAAAUUACGCUAGUGACGGAGACAAUAGCAACAAUUCAGACGAUUCAAAGAUGCCGUACGAAACGCACAACGAUGCUAGCAAGAGAGCCAGCGAUGCUAAUUACGAUCCGGUACAAAUGGACAUGAGUGAGGAAAGUAACAACAACAAUUCGUCCAGAGAAUCCAGUAGCGAACGCGCAAGUCCAGUUACACAGUCAAAGACAGACUCAUCUCGAGCAUUACCUUCCCCCUCAGACCAGAGGCGAUCUGAUCAUGAAAAUCAUUCAGCAAAUUCAAAAGACGAGCACAAGCGAGGAGAUCGGUCCGAUCGUAAUAGACACAUGAGUGACAAGGGACGCCGGUCAUCUUACGACGAUAGAAGGCAACGAGAAAGUAGUCACAGAGAUAGUAGGGACAUAAAAAGGAGUCGAGAUGAGGAGAGGAAGUCUCGUGACGAUGACAAGAAGAAGGAGAAGAGUUCACUGAGCUCUACUAGGGAUGAGAAGGCCGACGACAGAGAAAAGAAUGACAAAGACCAUCACUACCGUGAUGAUAGAAGGGACCGCAACCGGGACAGAAAUGAUAGAGAUAGGCGCAGAGAUAGGGACAGGGAUCGAGAUCGCAGGCAUUCUAGGGAUGAUAGGUCGAAGGACAGACACCGAGACGACAGAUCUAAUUAUCACAAAGAGAAGGAUCGUACACGAUCGAGGUCAAGGUCCAGGGAUCGUGCACCACCACCUUUCCGCACGAUGAGCUACAGAGAGGAGAAAAGCAGGAAUAAGUUAGCUCAAUUAGAGAAAUUAGGAAUCGAAUUGAAAGCACCAGAAGGAGGGGAUACUCCCACACCCGGUAUACAGAACGAACAGAAUUAUUAUAAUCCUCUAGCAACUGCAACACAAGGAAAAUAUGCUGAACAAAUACAAAAAAGAAAGCUUCUAUGGGCAAACAAGUCAAAGCAAGACGAAGGCAAAACAUCCACAGCAGCAUCAACUGCGAAUACGUGGGUGGGUACAACAUUCACUCAUGAUCAGGAUGGUAAAGUAACCGCAAAAUUCAAGCGACUGAUGGGCAUUAAAGACGAUCUACCAACUACUACAACUACAGGGGCUAAGCCAGACAUAUUAAAGAAACAAGAAGAAAUGUUUAACAAUAUGGAACAACAAUAUGAAGUAGCCCGUGCUACUACUCAUACGCAACGUGGUGUUGGAUUAGGCUAUGCCACCGGUGGUUACCAAUUUCCACGAUAAGUACAAUGAAAAAAUUCGCAUAUGUGGUCACUAUUAACAAUGUUGAUCACACAGAAGCAACCAAUAAGUUUUAUCAUUAGUCCGGCAAUUUUCUCAGAUCGAUUGCAAGACAGAGUAUUGAUUUGAAAAAAACGUGUUAUAAAUAGUGACUAUAUAGAGAUAAUUACUAGACUUAUAAAAUAAGGGUCCGAAAGAUCUUGUUAGAGUUAUAUGUAAUUAUAUUGUAUACAUUGGAAAUAAAUUUGUUAACCUCUGCAGAGAAUUUCGGUGCUCUCGAUUAUGAUUAUCCUUAAUUAGUUUCUGAUUAUAGAGAAGCUAAAGAGAACACUGUAAAUCUUUAACGCUACGAAUAAUAUAGUAAUUUAACUCCCUACUAGGAUUACUACAAAGUGUGAAAAAUGAAAAAUUUGUCAGAAUGUCGUACCGAUGUUGACGAUGUCAGUUCGAAGAGAUUCAUAGGUUAAUUGUAUCUAUACGCUGUCUGUACAAACACACAUCAAAUACAUUGCUAAAGAUGGCUUUGCUUUCUUGUUUUUUCUUUUGAAAUAAAUUUCGGGUAAAUCUUA